UGUUAGCCUUCUCUGGCAUGUGUGUUAUCUCUGGAACAUAUUUUGAAAAUGUAAUAUUCCCACUAAAGACAAUAUAUCAGUGUUAUAAUUUCACCAAGCACGCUGAAUUUCAUUUUUCCCCUCAUCAUCGUUCACUCUUCAUUAUUUCAGGCAUUGUGACAAGAUGUCCUCUCGAACUGAAGAUGAAGAGAAGGAAAGAAGGAGAGGAGUGGUACGGGAAGAUAAGCUACCAGGGUUAUGAAGAAGAGAUAAAAGACCCUGCAGAUGUGGAGAAAAUGAUUAGAGAAGCUCAGGUAAAAUUGGCCGGGAUCGGGGUGGGGAUCAGUGAUGACCUCAUCAGUCUAGAAAUUGCCUCUCCUGAUGUUCCAGACCUGACGCUCAUUGACCUGCCCGGCAUCACCAGGGUGGCUGUAAAGGGACAACCUGAGAACAUUGGAGACCAGAUAAAGAGACUGAUCCAGAAGUUUAUAACAAAACAAGAGACCAUCAGCUUGGUGGUUGUUCCAUCCAACGUGGACAUAGCAACCACAGAGGCUUUGAAGAUGGCACAGGAGGUGGAUCCUGGUGGAGACAGGACUUUGGGUAUCUUGACCAAGCCUGACCUGGUGGACAAAGGCACAGAAGAGUCGGUAGUUGAAAUUGUCCAUAAUUUGGUCAUCCACCUGAAGAAGGGCUACAUGAUCGUCAAGUGCAGGGGUCAGAAGGAGAUCACAGAGAGUGUGUCUCUUACUGAAGCAACAGAAAGAGAAAAGGCAUUCUUCAGCGAGCAUCUGUAUUUCCAGACUCUCUACAAUGAAGGCCAUGCCACGGUUCCUAAACUGGCAGAAAAACUCACCCUUGAGCUGGUGCAACAUAUCCAGAGAUCUCUGCCUCAACUGGAAGAGCAGAUAAAGAAGAAACUAACAGAGACUCAAGCAACGCUGAACACAUAUGGCAGUGGACCCCCAGCUGAUGCAGCUGAGAGACUGGGUUUCCUCAUUGACAGAGUGGCAGCGUUUACACAGGAUGCUAUCCGCCUCACCACAGGGGAGGAAAUCAAAUUUGGAGGCAAGCUGAAUAUCUUUGCCAUACUCAGAGAAGAGUUUGCGGAUUGGAAAUAUACCAUAGAGGACUCUGGAAUAAUGUUCAACCAGAAUAUUGAGAGUGAGGUGACUCAGUAUGAACAAAAGUACCGUGGAAGAGAACUGCCGGGGUUCAUAAACUACAAGACCUUUGAGGACAUGGUCAAGGAGCAGAUCAAAAAGCUGGAAGGGCCUGCUCUCCUGAAACUCAAGGAAGUGGCAGACAUUGUGACGAAAGAGCUGGUUAAGUUGGCACAGAGCAGCCUUGUUGGGUUUCCUAACCUCAUCAGAACAGCACAGAUGAAGAUUGAAGCCAUCAGAAAGGAGAAGGAGACUGCAGCAGAGUCCAUGCUGAGGUCUCAGUUUAAAAUGGAAAUGAUUGUUUACACUCAGGACAGCACAUACAGCAAGAAGUUAGGGAAGCGGAAGAGGGAAGUUGAACCGCAAUUUUUGGGUGUCACCUUUGGUACACCAGUAAAGAAAAGCACCCUGAGCACUGACAGUGGGGCCACCCUGAGAGAGAUGAUUAAACACCUGAAGUCCUAUUACAAAAUCGCUGGCCAGCGUCUGGCUGACCAGAUUCCGCUGGUAAUCCGCUACCAGGUGUUGCAGGAGUCUGCCGUCCAGCUGCAGAGGGAGAUGCUGCAGAUGUUUCAAGACAAGGCGAAAACAGAGUCGCUCCUUCAAGAGGACCCUGGCAUAAGAACCAAGAGAAUCCACCUUCAGAAUCGCCUUGAGCGGUUGUCAUUGGCACGCAUUCUGUUGACUGACUUCAGUAUGAACACAUACAACUUCAACCAAGGGCUUCGGUUUGGUCGCAACAUUAGAAAGGACACAACAACCCACCCCCUACCCUCCACAACCACCCCUGUGGGUGCGACUGCUGUAAAAAGCAAACAAACAAAAAAACAGAGGACUGAUAACUUCUGACCGCCAAAUGGUUUAUUACCGUACUACCUUAGAUCUGUAUUAACAUUCAAAUAAAGUAUACACAGUAACAGAUCAAAGACUAAAAUAUAGUACAAAUUUUGAAAUUACUUUCUAUUAGAAAGGAGAAAAAAACAUACACAACACAAUAUUUCCGUUUUUUUUGCAUCCAACAUCAACAUUCAGUAGGUUUAACCAGAUUCAGUACAUGACCUUAUUUCCUUUCUAUUCUGUAGUUUUCCUUGUUUUCUUUGGCAGCAAGAGGGCUGCAAACGCCUUAAUGAAGGCCUGUACAUACCUGGUAGAGUUCUGUAGGCGGUUUAGGCCUGACAGCAUGAUUUAGGUUUUCAGCUUGGCACAUACCUUCAUGGUUGUGGAGUGGGUUUAUUAUUUGUUACAUUGGGGCUUGAGUUUAAAAUUAAUAUGUACAAGUUAUAUAUUUGAUACAAUCAGAAUAUGUGAAAAUGUCUUUGUAACAGAAAAUCCUCUUAAAACCAGAAGUUACCAUCAAAAAAUCGUUUAAGCCCAUAAACCACAUAAGUCAUCAUAACAAGAAUGAAUCAGAAACAUUGCACCAACAUGGUGAUGGUAGUGAGAAGCAGACUUGGACUAUUAUUUUGACAGUAAUUCAUGAGUUUUGACAGUUUCUUAAUGUAUAUGCAUCAUUGCAUAUUCAACAUGUACAUUUAAACAGACGUUGCAAAUACUAUUUUAACAAGCAGUGUUUCAGAAGAGCCCCAUUGUCUUGAUGAAGAAAUGCACAAAAUAAUGUCAUAGUACUUCCCUAUUUACUGUUAUCUUGCAAAAGAAUAAUAAAGAAGAAGAAAUAAAUCCUAUUUCCGAUUGUCAUCAAAUCAUUUACUAGUGUAUUACAGUAGGCAUGAAUUAAAAUGAACAUUGUGCUUUUCACAAUGUUUCAUAUGUUUUUAUUACAGCA